AUGGAGGAUGACGCCAGUGCUGCGGAAGGGUCCAGAGGCCCAGAGGCCCAGAGGCCCAGAGCUCACGGAGGCAAGGCGGAGAACAAGGAGUGGAUCCCCGUCACCAAGCUGGGCAGCCUAGUCAAGGACAUGAAGAUCAAGUCCCUGGAGGAGAUAUAUCUCUUUUCUCUGCCCACCAAGGAACCUGAGAUCAUUGACUUCUUCUUGGGGGCAUCCCUCAAGGAUGAGGUCUUGAAAAUCAUGCCCGUGCAAAAGCAGACCCGUGCUGGCCAGCGGACCAGGUUCAAGGCAUUUGUUGCCAUCGGAGAUUACAAUGGACACGUGGGUCUGGGUGUCAAGUGCUCCAAGGAGGUAGCCACUGCCAUCCGUGGGGUCAUCAUCCUGGCCAAGCUUUCCAUCGUCCCCGUGCGAUGUGGCUACUGGGGGAACAAGAUAGGCAAGCCCCACACUGUCCCAUGCAAGGUGACCGGUCGCUGUGGUUCUGUGCUGGUGCGUCUCAUCCCUGCCCCCAGAGGCACUGGCAUUGUCUCAGCCACUGUGCCCAAGAAGCUACUGAUGAUGGCUGAUAUUGAUGACUGUUACACUUCAGCCAGGGGCUGCACUGCCACCCUGGGGAACUUUGCCAAGGCUACUUUUGAUGCGAUCUCCAAAACCUACAGCUAUCUUGCCCCUGAUUUCUGUGUUCACCAAGUCUCCCUAUCAGGAAUUCACUGACCAUCUUGUAAAGACCCACACCAGAGUCUCCAUGCAGAGGACCCAGGCUCCAGCUGUGGCUACCACAUAGUUUUA